AUCGUCAGUCGUCCGCCGAGAGCUCAGCGAUAAGGUAGUCCCGCUACGCUCCGCAACAUCCAGACGCAGUAAAGCAAAUACUUAUAUAUAUACAUACAUAUAUAUAGCGCAACCAUCCGAAAGCCGAACGAUCGAUCUUCUGCUUCGUGCCGAGUCGUUUCGGUCUUUUAAUCGCACUGCAGCCAGAACCUGCUGCUCAUUCGCCUGCCGUAUUUCGUAGCGUGCGGUUCUAUCGCUCCGCCUUGAUAAACCGAACCGAAAUCUAGAGAACCCCCAGACACAAUAACAUUUUACGUGCUUCUCUGCGACGCUGCGCGAAAGUGAAACCAAGUGAACUUGAAUAUAAAAACUGACAACUGAGUUGAUCUACAAAAGAAAAACAGCAGUGAACUCAUAUUGCCAAGAGCAGCAAAUUCAUAUUUGCUGCCAAGUGAAACCCAAACUGUGCCUCAAACUCAACAAACAAUAUCUGACCGAAAUGGUUACCGGCGUAACAGCAGCCAACAUGACCAACGUUCUGGGCACAGCCGUUGUGCCGGCCCAGCUCAAGGAGACGCCGCUCAAAAGUGACCGUCGGUCGAACAAGCCCAUCAUGGAGAAACGCCGACGUGCCCGUAUUAACAACUGUCUCAAUGAACUCAAGACUCUGAUUCUGGAUGCCACCAAAAAAGACCCGGCUCGCCAUUCCAAAUUGGAAAAGGCCGACAUUCUCGAGAAGACAGUGAAGCAUCUGCAGGAGCUGCAGCGCCAGCAGGCAGCCAUGCAGCAGGCCGCCGAUCCCAAGAUUGUGAACAAAUUCAAGGCCGGAUUCGCCGACUGUGUGAACGAGGUUAGCCGCUUUCCCGGCAUCGAGCCCGCCCAGCGUCGUCGCCUGCUGCAGCACCUGAGCAACUGCAUCAAUGGCGUUAAGACAGAGCUGCACCAGCAGCAGCGCCAGCAGCAACAGCAGUCCAUCCACGCCCAGAUGCUGCCGUCGCCGCCCAGUUCCCCGGAGCAGGAUAGCCAGCAGGGGGCAGCGGCGCCCUACCUCUUUGGUAUCCAGCAGACGGCCAGCGGUUACUUUCUGCCCAAUGGCAUGCAGGUGAUCCCCACCAAGCUGCCCAACGGCAGCAUUGCCCUCGUGUUGCCCCAGAGCCUGCCCCAGCAGCAGCAGCAACAGCUGCUGCAGCACAAACAGCAGCAGCAGCAACUCGCCGCCGCAGCAGCAGCAGCGGCCGCAGCAGCAGCACAACAGCAACCCAUGUUGGUUAGCAUGCCCCAGCGUACAGCAAGCACCGGAUCCGCCAGCUCGCACUCCUCCGCCGGAUACGAGUCGGCGCCCGGAAGCAGCAGCAGCUGCAGCUACGCCCCGCCCAGUCCGGCCAACUCCAGCUACGAGCCCAUGGACAUCAAGCCAUCGGUCAUCCAGCGCGUGCCCAUGGAGCAGCAGCCCCUGUCGCUGGUGAUCAAGAAGCAGAUCAAGGAGGAGGAGCAGCCCUGGCGGCCCUGGUAGAGGGUGUCUGCAUAUGCAUUGCGCAGAGAGCAUAGCAUAGCCCCCCCUAUCGAAUCUCCCGCUUUUAAGACUGACCCCCCACAACUCAUCCAACUCA